AUGGCGAACAAACUGCCAGAAGAGGUGGAAGCUUACCUGGAGGAAAUGGUCAAGCGUCUUACUGAUCACCUGAAAGACCAGCUAGUCGGGGUGUAUCUAUUCGGUUCAGCUAGUUAUGAUGCCUACGAGCCAGGCCUCAGCGACCUUGACGUGCAGGCUGUAGUGAAGGACCCGCUUGACACCGUUGAUAAGCAGGCGAUCAUAUGCCGCUUGAAUCAGGACGUCUUGCCCUCAGGCAUAGAGUCAACUCAAAGGAUCUCUGAUACCUAG